ACCAAAUUAUAUACGACGUACAAUUCAUUUUUUUAAUCAACAACGUGUAUCAAUUUACAAAAAUAUAUCAGAUGUCAUUCGGAAAGAAGAUUCAAUAAAAAUUGAAAAUAAUUAUCUUGCUCGUAUUCCCAAACCACCACCAGGCUAUACUUUUUCCCAACGUCAACAAGAUGCACAACGUGAAUUUUUCGAAAAUUUUCAUCCACAACAUUAUCAGUUCUAUUCAACACUCGAUUUUUAUCGUGCAACUAUUGUUGCUGUUCUACCAUUACAAUGUUCAACAAUGCUUCGGCAUCUGAUUGAGAUUUUAUUUGUUACUCAUGCUGAAACGAAAUUAAAUUGUUUUAAUUUAUUUACAGGUUCAACUGAUCUUUUAUAUGGUCUACCUUAUAGUAAAGGUAGAAUUUGGUGUGAAAAUUUAUUAAAUCCAUCAGUAGCUCGCUUUUUUCCAUCCAAUGAUACAACAACAUUUAUAAAAACGGAAAAAUAA